AUGGCGGCAACAUCAGCUGCAGCAUACAAUUUGGCGAAGAAGUUAUGUCAAGAGUAUGAAAAGCGGAAGAAGGAGGAAAAGGAGCUGAAUUUGAAGCAUGAAAAUACAAUCGUGCAUGCCGAGAACAACAAGAGCGAAAUCAGCCGCAAAGUCACCGAGAUCGACUAUGGCAAGCACGAGAAAACAGUCAAGGAGCUCGAUCGGCAAGAAAAGGAGCAAGAGUACCAGCGAAAGGCCACUGAAGCAGCUCAAUGGUGCACGUUGGACCACGAACAUGGGCCCAAUUGCAAGAGGCCUCCAACGAGCUGCUCGCAGGACCACCAGAAGGAGUGGCAGAUUUACGAGCGAAGUACAGAGGAGAAAAUUGCAGCUGCUGAGCGCUUCCGCCAAGAAGGCAAUGAAGCAUACCGACGGCGCAAUUUCGGUCUUGCGGCCGUCCACUACCGAAAGGCUUUACUGCACUUCGACUACACUUUUGCGGAGACUGAGGACUUGCAGAAUCAGGUCGAUGCUGUGAAACUGCCGUGCCUGCUGAACCUGGCGGCCUGCAAGUGCCAGCAGGAAGACUGGGACGAAGUGCUCACGCAGUGCCGGCAAGCGCUGGAGAUAAACCCUCGCGCUGUCAAAGCACACUACCGCGUGGGGCUCGCCUACUUGGCUCGAGACGAGUUUGAGCUCGCAAAGGACGCGCUCACGAGUGCUCACGAGAUCGAGCCCUCGAACCCUGACAUUACAGCUGCUUUGAAGCAACUGAAGAAGAACAUGGAAGACUACAAGACACGUCGGCGAGACGUGGCAAAAGAGAUGCUUUCAGGCAAGGAACAGGCACCGGAUGUCGCGGAGCAGGCGACCGAGCAGCCAGCUGACGUGAGUGGUGCGGAGACAGAGGAGGCAUGUUGGCAAGUUGCCUCUGUCUUGGUUAUGGCGGGCAUUGGCCGCAAAGGGCUUUUCUUCUUUACAGAGUUCUGCUUUCUGUCUUCGAGAAAGUGCUCCAAAUGCUUUCAGCAUCACCUGUCUCCAUGA